AUGUCCUCAACCACCGGCAGCAUCUUCGACUCUACCACCGGCACCACCUACACCGACUCCGCAAGCCUCCCACACCUAAUGAACAUAAUCUCCAAAGCCGAAGAGCACGGCGACCUCCCCGCCGUCGUCAAAAUACUCGAAAUCAUCAGUCGAGAUGAAGGUAGUAGUAUCCCGAUAGACGCGCGGCUUGCUAUUGCUGCUGCUCUCAAGUCGUAUGCGGAGUAUCUUGAGGGGCAGAAAGUCGUGCAAGUGCCCGUGCCCAAGGGUAACCUGGAUGAGGAUGAGGAUAAAGACACCUCGGAUAAAGACAAGGAUAAGCGAGCUCAGACCGUCACCGCUACCCAUGGCCAGAACGACGCCAUCCACGGCCAUCCAGGCUGGGACCCCUCCACCUUUGCCCAACUCGACCACACCUGCGAAUGGAUCCGGUGGGUGUGUUACGGGCGCGGCGUGAAUGGACCGGAAGAUCGAGAGCAGGUCGAGAUGUGGAGGCAUCAUGGGUAUUCUGGGUUGUUUGAGCCUGGAUUUCGUGUUCGGUAUUAUUGA